AGACAGAUACCUACUAUUUUUUUGGUGGAUGUGGUCCUGUCAAAUUGUAAACAAAUAAUUAUUUAAUUUUAUUACUCUUUUGCAACAUCUCAAGCAGUCUAGGUCUAAAUAUAGGUAUUUAAGGGGCCAUUGCCACUGUUGAAGUAAAAUUGGAGGACAAUCGUGUUGACCAGUUUUUAGGUUAAGUAAUAUUUCACCAAAAACAUCGAAACAUGUGUGAAGAUUUAAAGAUAUUGAAGCAAGGAGCUGAAGCGAAGCUGUACAUCUGUAAUUACCUUGGCAAACCUACGCUAAUCAAGGAAAGGUUCGAGAAGAAAUAUCGGCAACCUGAACUUGAUGUCUCUAUAACAAAGGAGCGAAUAAAAAAUGAAGCUAGAGCUAUAGUUCGCUGUAAAGCAGCCGAUGUCAAAACUCCAGCGUUGUAUUUAGUAGAUUUUGAGCGUAGACGCAUAUACAUGCAACAUUUUAUGCACAGCAUCACAGUGAAAGACUUCAUAAUAAACAUUUUUACGAAACAUCUUCAGUAUGGCUCGGGCGAUGGACCAAAUAGCCUUGACAAACUUGCCAGACUAAUCGGGCAAACUGUGCGUAAGCUACAUGAAAACAACAUUAUUCAUGGAGAUUUAACUACAUCAAAUAUGUUAUUAGUUGAUAAAAAUUCAAAUUCCAAUGAUUCUAAUUGGUUAGAUGUAGAUAAUGUGGAAUUAGUCAUGAUUGAUUUUGGAUUAUCAUCCUUCGAUACAAGUGCGGAAGAUAAGGGGGUGGACUUGUAUGUCCUGGAGAGGGCACUGAUCAGCACCCAUAAUGACUACCCGGAGAUAUUCAGCAAAAUCUUGGAAGCAUAUAAAAAUCACAGCAAAAAUAACAUAAAGGAGAUUAUCAGCAAGUUUGAAGAAGUGAGGGCAAGAGGAAGGAAGAGGACAAUGGUAGGAUAGUUGGUUGUAAAUAAAAAGUUUUAUAUAUUUAAA